AUGAACCGAAAAAACAAGUUCGACAAAUAUAGUCUAGCAUUCGCCACAACGACAGAGAUACAAUGUUAUGUGUGUAACUCAUCACACACAAUAUAUAAAUGUCCUACGUUUAUAGCAUUAACCAUCGAUAAUCGUAUUAAAAAGACGACCGAACUCGGUCUUUGUAAAAUUGGUUUGCGCCGGCACGAGAAAAAGAAAUGUCUUGCGCGGUACUGUUUUAAGUGCGCUAAGCCUCACAACACGAUGGAACACAUAGGUUCGGAACAUCAGAAAAUCGCAGCACCUGCUGAAACAAAAAAAGCUACUGAGGUCACCGAAAUACCUGUAUCGGCAUCGUCAACGUCGUCAAUUAACGCACACGCAUCAACAUCGACGGAACACGUUUUAUUGUCUACGGCGAAAGUAUCGGCAGCAAAUAUGAACGGAAAUAUGAUACCAUGUCGUGCAUUAUUGGAUUCCGGUUUACAAACAAAUUUCAUAACCGAAGAAUUAGCCCAAACAUUAAAAUUAAAAUAA